CUUCACCACAAGCCAUGUCUGUCCGCGCUGGCCUCAGGGUGGUCCAGGGCGUCUCUACACUCGCUCGCAGGGCGCACAGCCCCUCCUUCGCUCGCGCAAUGCAGACGUCUUCUUCCCUCAACGCGUCUGUAUCUCCCUUCACCGAACCCACAUCGCCCAACCCAACCGCGACAAAAUAUGCGGAGACGACAGAAUCCCUCCACACCUACGGCUCCUACCUCAUGCAGUGUCUCCCCAAGUUCGUCCAGCAGUUCUCCGUCCUCAAGGACGAGCUCAGCCUCCAUGUCGCUCCCUCCGCCAUCAUUCCGGUCCUCACCUUCCUUCGCGACCACUCUCAGUGCCAGUUCAAGAGCGUUAUGGACAUCACCGCCGUCGACUUCCCCGAAAAGGACCAGAGGUUCGAGGUUGUCUAUAACCUUCUCAGCGUCAAGCACGCCGCUCGUAUCCGCGUCAAGACCUACGCGGGCGAGGCCGAGCCUGUUCCCAGUUGUGUCUCCCUCUUCCGUGGUGCCGACUGGUAUGAGCGCGAGACAUGGGACAUGUACGGAGUCUUUUUCACCGGUCAUCCCGACCUUCGCCGUAUUCUGACGGACUACGGUUUCGAAGGUCACCCCCUUCGGAAAGAUUUCCCUCUGACGGGCUACACCGAGCUUCGCUAUGACGAAGAGCGCAAACGGGUCGUUUAUGAGCCUUUGCAGCUCACUCAGGCAUUCCGCAACUUCGAGUCUCUUUCGCCUUGGGAGCAAGUUGGCGAGGGUACUGAACCCAUCAAGCCUGCCGAGCUCAAGCCUGUCCCACCUCCUAAGGAGGAACCACCAGCGAAGAAGUAGAAGUACAGUAUUUGAUUCUUCCUGUAGUGCUUUGAAUAGACAUCAUAAAGUAUCAAAUGGCGAUCUUAUUUAAAGCGGCUCUCGCGCCCAGUCCCGAUGGAUAAAAGACGCAUAGCAAAAUAAGUCCGUACAUUGGUAUCAUCUCAAGCCGUGGCGGGUGCAGCGGCCGCUGCAGUUUCCUGGAUACUCUGCUCGUCAGCUUUCGCUGUUUCCUUCUUUCCCCAUCCCAUUCUUGCAACGACAUAGUCCUGUCCUACCACCUCUAUCCCAACGCGAAGCGACUCGGCGACCAAAUCCUCGACCCAGUCAUAUUGUUCCCAGAUGUCCAGCCAACUGCCAGGGACUGCUUGCGUCACGGUGGAGUGGACCAGCUUGUGGCCCGGGUCUGAGACGUGCAGAAGGAACUGAAGACUUGACUGUUCAAGAGUUUGAUUGGGUUCCACGGCGUCAUCGCCUGUUCGAGGAAGCUUGAACGAAGUCAAGAAGGGCUGUACGCGGAGAUAAAGGUAAGAAUAAGUGGUCGGGUUUUGCACAGAGGAUUCCUUCUGAGAGGGUGCAUCUUUGUUGUUCUUGACCAGAUCGUCAAGGUUCGCCUGAGCUAACUUGAGAGCAGCUUCAUACCCUUCGACUGCGUUCAAAUCCCGACCCUCGGCUUUGGCGUCGUCCUUGGGCCUUGAUUCAGCACCGCGAUUAACGAUGAGGUCGCCCCCUUCGACUUGUUCCAUAACACGGGACAAGGACCUGUACACCAGAGAUUCCACGCCGUCGUAUCCACUCAUAUCAUGGCUUAGCCAGACUUGAAGAACUUCGUGUUCUGAUAUUGGCGGUGCAACGACAUUCAGAAUGUCAGUAAGGGUCGAAAGGCCGACGCGUUUGAAGUCUUGUCCAAGCUUGUCCAGCUGAGCCUUCUUAGCAUACUCGAGCGCAUCCGCGCUCCACUUGCUCACUUGCUCGUUCUUGGGUAAGUUCUUGACCUGCUCGUCCACGACCGAUCGCGCCUGCUGAUACGCGGCGGAUGCCUGAGUCCACACACUACCCCAACCCCAACGACCAGCACCAGCUGCAGCCGCGGAUUCUGCUGCUGCAUCGGACUGGGCUUCGCUCUUAAGGUGCGCGGUGGAUCUGGGCGGGGUGUCUGUCUUUCCCACAAGCGAGGAUGUCGAGGAAGACGCAAGACCGCCGCCGACGCGCACGCGCUCGGUGCUCUUCUUCAACGCAGGCGUCCCAGCGCGCGAAAGCGGGCGGUCGAUGUGCGCGGUUGUGGUCUUGGUGGGUUCCGAGCUCUUCUGGGUUAUCUCGUCGAUGAAAGCGAGGACAUCGGCGUGCUGGUCUCCGCUGUUCCCCGAUGGGGCGGGCGCGCCGGCAGCAGACGGACCACUUGAUUGCGUCUGAACGGCCGGGGGGUUGAGGUUGUCGAGAUCGUCGAGGAACUGCUGGGCCUCUUCUUGUUUUGACUUGGAUUUGGAGGACAUCGUGUCUCGCUGGAGGCUGUGAAGUGUGCUAGAAAGAAAGGGGCUGCGAGAGAAAGCGCGCGCGAAAUGGGAACCCCGCCUUUCCCAAUCCCAAUCAGUGUACGGAGGCUUUUGAUCCCGUCUUUCAUCCAACGCGACGACCAUUACAACGCGACAUUUAAUUUCUCAUUAGCGCACUACCCAUCGCAUCGAGAGUGGAGCAGCAAGGAUCCUUCAUCUUCCUUCAAGCACGUUCGCGCGUCGCCGUACGAUUCGACUACAUUCUAAAGGCGCACCCAGAUCACGACUGCCAUAACACGCGUUAACGCGUCUACUCCCCCCUUUCCUACGACCACUUGAAAUGGCAAAGAAGAAACAAGUAGAGGAAUCGUCGUCCGAGGAAGAGGUUUUCCAUGUCGAGGUCAUCACCAGAGCGCGUGUCACCGAGGACCUGGAAUGGGAAUACUAUGUCAAGUGGGCGGGUUAUGGGUCUGAUGGUGACAGGCUGGGAACCGGAAGGGAACGUCAAAGGGUGUGACAGGCUGCUUCAGUCCUUCUGGACCCACAUUGGUCAUGACAACGACGAUUACUCCCCAGGCUACGAAGUAGCAGCCAAGGGUUAUUGGAUAGAGAAGGAGAAGGGUUUCUUUGCUAAAGAGUUCAAGAGCAUGAAGAGGAAAGAGAAGAGGAAGAAACGGCCAAUCUCAAGCGGCUCUGAUGAUUCUUCAGAUAGCGAACCAAUCAAUCCGAAGAAGAAGAAGCGUCUUAAGAGCACGGGUGACUCGAGGGAGGACACCCCCAUGUCGAAGGCAUCAGAUAAACCUGUAGAGAAGUCCGCUGGAAAAAUUAAGCUGCCCCCCAAGAAGAAAGCGGCUGAGAAACCUCCGGAACCCCCCAAACCUCCAGAGCCUCCUCGUGGGCUAUCGCCCGUUGACUCUUUGUUCGGGGACCCGGGCCCGUCUUCUCCACCGAAACAGGCGAAUGUCGCCCCGUCUCGCCCCCUACCCCCUCCUCGCCCCGCGAACAAGGUUCAAGUCAAGAAGCCUUUCU